AUGAGUGGAAACCGCUCCAGAAACGGAACUCUCGGUCUAGGAGUUCUACUACUUUUCCUAGACAUGACCAAAUUCGGGCUGAAAGAAAUCCCUCCCGUGACAUUGGUCGCCAUUUUGGGUCAAGUUUCCCUCUUCCUAGGGGUGAUUACGGUGCCCUGGGACAAGUGGGACGUCUGCCUAAGUGCUGACAAAGUCUGGAACUCUCUGGAAUUCCGGAGAAUGCUACUUUCCACGCUGGAACACGCGGACGACAUGCACCUCUACUUCAACAUGGGGUCCCUUCUGUUGAAGGGGUCAUUUCUGGAGAGAAAAUACUGGAGCGCUAAUUUUUCUAUACUGAUCUUGUUUUUCACGCUAACAACAAACGCAAUCUAUGUGUCGUUAGCUCUAGGGUUAUCAUACAUCCUCAACAACCCUGCUGUAAUGGAGUCUUGUGCGAUUGGCUUCUCCGGGGUUCUGUUUGCUUUAAAAGUGGUGACAACUCAAGAAAGUAGACCCACAUACAUGCAGAUUGAAGGAUUGUGGGUUGAUUCAAGGUAUGCCCCAUGGGUUGAGCUCAUAGCCAUACAUUUUGCGGUUCCCAACGCAUCGUUUUUGGGCCAUUUGGCUGGAAUUUUGGCGGGAGUUUUGUAUGCGAAAACGUUUGUGGGUAGACAUGUAGAUGAGGCGAUAGAGAAGUUCACCGGAAGAACUGUGGAACAUGAUGUGUAUUAUUAUAAUAUAUUCGAGGACGAUUAG